AUGGCUGGACAGAAGCUGGUGCAGGAGGGUAGAUCGAGUGUGGUCAGUUUUUUGCUGGGAGCCUCCGUGUUGUUUUUGCCUUUACUAACCAGCAGGGUGACAGAACCGGGGCAGACUCUAAUGGCCGCUGAGCGAGGGAGGAUAGCUCUGGUGAUCUUUAUAGCUGUGAUCAAUGCCUGUCUGCUGCUUCUGUACAGAGACCAUCUCUACCAGGUUGCCAUUCGGGCUGGCUUCCUAGGAUUUGCUUUUGGGAGCAGUUUGCUUGUAAGUUCUGUUGAUUCACCAUGGAAACACUUUGGGUGGUACGUUUGUUUCCUCUCAUUUUUCCACUAUUCUGAAUAUUUGAUUACAGCAAUAAACAAUCCUAAAAGCCUGUCGCUGGACUCGUUCCUUCUGAAUCACAGCUUGGAAUACAAACUAGCUGCAGUGUCCUCCUGGGUGGAAUUUGCAAUUGAAACAACCAUGUUUCCAGAGAUGAAGCAGAUCACUUGGCUGAGCCUUAUGGGAUUAAUGAUGGUUCUGUUCGGGGAGUUGCUUCGGAAGUGCGCGAUGCUCACAGCUGGCUCCAAUUUCAAUCACAUUGUACAGAACGAGAAAUCCGAUUCGCAUACUUUAGUAACAUCUGGAGUAUAUUCAUUGUUCAGACACCCCUCCUAUGUGGGCUGGUUUUACUGGAGCAUUGGAACUCAGGUUUUACUCUGUAACCCAGUUUGUUUAGUUGGCUACACACUCGCCUCUUGGAGAUUUUUCCGGGAACGAGUCGAGGAGGAAGAAUAUUCCUUAAUCAACUUUUUUGGAGAACAGUAUUUGGAAUACAAAAAAAAUGUUCCCACGGGUUUGCCUUUUAUAAAAGGUGUAAAAGUAGAACCAUAAGUGAAUAAACGACAUGACGAGACAUUUCCACUUCUGAGGAUGCUGGCGCCUCUGCUUGUGAGGCAACUGGAAUUACAAAUUACCGCACAAGGGAUAGAGAGUAGACGCCAUUUUAUAAUUCUUUUACAUUGAGGAUUUAAUAAGGGUCAGUAAGCUACUGGCCACACAAUAGCAAGGCUCAUCAAAGCGAAUCUAACAGGCGAUUGGACCAUCUGCGAUCCCUGGUUUAUUGUACAGGAAGGGGGUAAAUACUUAUACCUCAUAGAGGACAUUGAA